CCUGAACACUAGAUACACUUACAAUCUUUAACAUUUAUUUUGUGAUUUUCUUCAGACCGGGAACAUGUAUGCCGCCGUUGUGCUAGUCGUCUUCGCGUGCUUGACCGACACAAUCCACGCUGAUCAUCACCAGCCUUGUCAUCCGCCUAAUAUGACAGGAGUCAUGACUGUGAUAACGAUGAAAGGGGAAAUAAAAGCAGUUGGCGCAUUCACUUAUGAUUCAAUGGGCAAGAAACUACGGUUCAGAUCCAACGACAGCCACCCCACAAACACUUCAGUCGGCCUGGAUCUGCUGAUGUUCUUUGAGCAGGGAGUUUUCUAUGAAAUCGACAGCAAAAACCAGACCUGUGAGAAGAAAAAGCUGGAUAUGGACCUGAACCCCUUAGAUAUUCCUGAUGACGCCAAGUUUCACUCCACAAUAACCGCCGGGAGUCGAUCCAUUGAAGGGGAAGGGUUAAAAGUCAACAUUUGGACAGGAUCAAUACCAAAUAUGAAAGGGUACUACUCCGUGUCUGUAACAAUGGGAUGUUUGCCAGUGAGCGUACUCUACUUUUCUGAGUCCGCACCAAUGCUCUUCAGCAACAUGGAGGUGGACCUGGAGAUCAAGGACCCAGAUCUCCUCCUGGUGCCCUCGUUUUGUCUCGGCCAGCCUCUGGAGGAAAGCCCUGAGGGGACAGUAAAUAGUUUCAUACAUGAGUUCAUGUAGAUGAAACCUCAUGAGCAGAAAAUGAAACCUCUACCCAAGCAUGACUUGCGUGAACUAAACCCUUUUCUUUCUUUUUCAUGCACGACUCAAGUUUAUCUUUCAACACUGCAACACAUCUGCUUUCAUCAAAUCUUCCUCUCUCCUGGGAAGAAAUGGCUUUAAAUGGCUCAUAUUUUGCAUUUGCUUUUUGAUAAGAAGGGAAUGAAGAGAUGACAUGGAUUAUUAUAGAAUUAAACCAAAUUACUAACAGUCGGAGGGUUUUUUUUUUUUUCAAGAUGGUUCAACUUCCAAAACCUGUAAUAUAUGUUUAAUGGAACAAUAAAAUGUCAA